CAAACAACCUUAAGCUUUGAACUCUUUCCUCUCUUGCUUCUUCACCUACCAUUACCUUCCAGCACCAUUGGAUCGAAUUCAGCUUGAAUUCGAUCUGAUGGUUUUUAGGCUUUAGGUGAAAUUGAGAGGUAACCUUGGGACAUCUCUGAAUCUUCUUUUCUUUGUCCUGUGUUACUUCUAUCCCUGCUACAAAAUCUCACAAAAAAACAAGCAGUCAUCCUUUGUCUGGAUUCAUCAUGGACAAGGUGAUGAGGUUGGCCUCAGAGAAAGGAGUUGUAAUAUUCACUAAGAGCUCAUGUUGCCUAUGUUAUGCGGUCAACAUUCUGUUUCAAGAGCUUAGGGUGAACCCCGUAGUUUAUGAGAUUGACCAAGAUCCUGAAGGCAGGGAAAUGGAGAAAGCUCUUAUGAGGAUGGGGUGUAACACGCCAGUACCAGCUGUGUUCAUAGGUGGACAGCUUGUUGGUUCAACCAAUGAAGUCAUGUCCAUGCAUCUAAGUGGAAAACUUAUUCCUAUGUUGAAGCCUUAUCAGGCUAUGUGUUAAAAUUAACUAUCGUUAUCCAACUGCAAGAAUAAAAUUGGCUCAAAUUAGCAGUAUAAUGAGCUGUGUAUUGUGUAGUUUGAGUAGCUUUAUAUCUUAAGUACUUCAUAGCUUCAAAUUAGCUCUAGUGUGUAAUCUGUCUAUUGAUUAAUGAAUUAGCUUUAAUUAU